AUGGUGUCAGUGGUAAGGGUAUCGAAGUUCAGACACGUCUUCGGUGAAGAAUUGCAAGAAAAAUUUGAAGACCUGAGACCAAGCACUCUUUCCUCAGAAAGCACCCUAAUCAAAUCUAAUGGGACUAAUAUUGUAUUUCCAUGGGAAUCCGGUGGUGCAGGUGUAUUAGCCGUAUUUGCAAUGUCCGAAAUAGGCCGAAUUGCUCCAAGCCACCCUUUCAUAAAAGGUCAUGCAGGAAAUAUUUUAGAUUACGAAUUCAAUCCUUUUAAUGACUUCCAAUUAUUAAGCUGUGGUGAUGAUUCGACUUUGAAGCUCUGGGAUAUUCCUGAAGGCGGAUUAACCUCAGAUCUCACAAUUCCACGAGUCACUUUACACGGCCAUGGGAAAAAGGUCACUCUUCUAAAUUUCCAUCCUUCAGCAGCUUUUCUAUGUGCUAGUGCAUCAUUUGACAAGUCAAUUAAAGUCUGGAAUAUUGAAAAUGGAAGCCCAGCCCUCGAAAUUUCAAAUAUUAAUGAUGUGAUUCUUUCUUUACAAUGGAGUCCUAUUGGAAGAUCUAUUGGAUACACAACAAGGGAUAAGUACGUCAGAGUGUCUGACCCAAGAACUGGGAGAAAUGUGUUUGAGACCCUAGCACAUGAUGGCUCAAAGCCAAGCAAAAUGGGCUGGAUAGCAGAAGACACCAUAGUAACUUGUGGUUUUUCCAAAAUGAAUGAUAGACAAGUCUCAGUAUGGGAUUUAAGAAACCACUCAGCACCAAUCAAACUUGUCAACGUUGAUCAAGGAUCAGGAGUUUUGUACCCAUUUUAUGAUCCUGAUACCAAAAUUUUGUUUGUAGCUGGAAAAGGUGACGGGAACAUUCGAUAUUACGAAGUAGUCGGAGAUAACCAAUAUAUGUAUUACAUUGAAGCUUUCAGGUCAAAUGUACCUUGCAGAGGAGUUAGCUUUAUCCCAAAGAGAAAAGUCAAUACAGAUUCUUGCGAAAUUAUGAAAGCUGUAAAGCUGACCAACAACACUAUUGAUUUGGUAAGCUUUAAAGUCCCAAGAAGAAGCGAAACUUUCCAAGAUGAUAUAUACCCUGACUGUGUUUGUGGAGAACCUUCAAUGAGUACAACUGAAUGGCUUGGCGGAGCGGAUCGAGAGCCAAAAAGAGCACCUAUAAAGCAGAUUGAGAAUUCUUCUGCGCAUGCUGAAUUGCAUAUACAAGCUACUCCUCAAAUGCAUGCUCAGCAAGGCCAUAAAAGUGUUAAUGAGUAUGAAAAAGAGUUAAAUGAAGCAAGAGCUCUAAUCAAGAGACAGCAGCAAAGAAUUGCUGAGCUGGAGGCGCAAUUGGAAUCGAAAACUAAAUUAUGCUGUUUUGAUUGAUUUAGAUAAGCAUAAAUAUUUGUGAAAAUACAAUAAAUAUACAGGUUGAGAUCAUUUCAAAAUACUUUUUAAGCAAAUAGCAAAAAUAGGAUAGAAUAA